AUGAUUAAGCAAAUACAUGUGGCAAUGAAGGCUAUGCCUUGGUACACAUUUCUUCCAACUGUCUCUGAGUAUAUGAUCGAGCGUGAAUUUGCCAAGAUGUUCUCUGCUCAGAACAAGAUCCACAAGGAUAAGAGUGUGGCACCAACAGACUCCGAACAGGAAGUUGCUCAGGCUUUCUUUGACUUGGAGAACACCAACCAGGAGUUGAAAAGUGACUUGAAAGAUCUCUACAUCAACCAAGCUGU